AUGCGCAAGCUGAGAUAUUUGAUCAUUCAAUUCUGGAAGAAUUUACUUGCAUCCAUGGAUGUCAAUGAUUUGAUCCAAAACAUUCAAUCUCUAACAUCAGAUUGUGAUAUCGCGUUCAAUAAUCUAAUAUUAGAAAAUGAGGAUGAUCCAUUCUUUCAAAAACUUUAUACUGAAUAUCAAGAAGAAUUAAGUUUUAAUGUACUAGACACCGGAAAUGGAUCAAAGGAAAUUCCAAAUACAACCAAAGAAACUGAAAAUAAUGAUCAACUAUUAGAUGUUCCUAUGAUGGAUGAUAAUUUAGAUUCAGUAUCACAAGUAGCAGAGGAAACAGUGGACAAACAACAAGAAAUUGUUUCCAAUGCCAUUAACAAAAGAGAGGUGAACCGUCUACUAUUUUAUUUUCUUGUUACAUUUGGAAUUGUGUCAACUGGUUUUAUAAUUGUACUACUAUCAGUCACGCUUCCAUUGUUGAGCUAUUUCACAAAUUUGGAUGUACUGACAACCACUGUACCACUUCCAUCAUUACCUUACUUCACAGUUGUUAAUAUUGAAAGUAGAAACAUUUUAAAAGCAUCCGAUUCAGUUUCAUAUUUGAGGGCCCUGAAUUUUGAGUUGGAACAAGUAGAGAACGUUGAAUUGUUAUUUGAUAGUGGAAUAUAUGAUCAAGAAAUCAUGGCGCUAUUCAAUAGUAAUGACAAGAAAUUCAUUAUCGACGAUGGUCUUACUCUCGAGCAAAAUUGUUCCAAUUCAUGGCUUGUUAAAAAGAUGAAACGAAUCAUUUAUCCAAGAAUUAACAACUCCUCUCUAGUACCCACAGACAAUUACUUUGAAUUUUUGAAGUCUAAUAUUGAAUUUCUUACUGACUACUUUCAGAAAUUCUUUUCCGAGAGUUAUGUAAUCCAAAUCAUACACAAUCAGCAAGCUCGGACUGCAUAUAUUAUUGUGAGCUCUGGAAUUUUUUGUGCAUAUUUGCUCUAUGUUAUGACAUUUGCCACAUUUGCAUUCAUCUUUGUUCGACAAAGAAAGCUGAUCAUACAGUUGUUCAAGAGAGUUCCAAAAGAAGAAACUAAAAAGAUAAUAUCGAAUCUGGAAAAGCAAUCUACUGCAAAGAUUGUUAGUACUGACAAGCUUGUGUCGGCUUCACAUUCGUUCUUUGUAAUAGCGUUUAUUUGUUUCCUUUUGACAUGUUGUGCAUUAUCAUUAACCAUGGCUGAUGGUAUUAAUAGCUUUAAGGCUCACUUUAUUGGCUUGAAGAAACUUCAACUGGCUGCGACUGCAAUGCGAUUGUCUCAAAGUUUGAGGUAUAAGUUAUGGAACAAAUUGGAAAUUGGAAAUAAUUACACGCAAGAAAAAGAUGGUGGCGACUCGUUAAUUUCUACAUUGGAAGAGUUCGAUAGUGUAUGGAACUCAUUUCGUUUUGGGUCAGCUUUUGAUGGAUAUCAAAGCAUGACAGAUUAUUCUUCGAGUAUGAAAGACUUAAUUUUACAAAAGAAUAACAUGAGUUGUGAUGAAUUUAACUGCCUUUCAUUGGACGACCAAGUUGCCAAAUUCAGGUCAAACAUUCUGAUGUACAAGGAUCUCUCUCAAAACCUCACGGUUUCUCAUAUUGGUGAUUAUCACUCCUUUUUGAGACAAGAUAGUUUUGAGCUUGUCAUGACCUUCAGUAACAUUACGCAAUUAUUAAGACGUACUCUCGAAUCGAGCCGCUCUUUGAUGACCAUUGUUGUGGUUGUGAUUUGUUGUCCCGUAUUGCUUAUUGCUUCCUUUUUCUUAUUCACAAAUGUUUCGACUAUGCAAGAAGAAAAUUUUAGAAUGAGAAAACUUUUCAAUUAUGUUCAAUGGGAGAUUAUUGAUGCCAAUGAUGAAAUUCGAAAUUAUAUUUUCUUUUAUUAUUUAUCAUCUGGAGUUGGACGGGCCAAAGUAAAACAAAAGAUAUCGAAAGAGAGAGCGGUGUUGGAGGCGGCUUUGACAUGUGCCACAAUUUGCAGUGCUGGUGGAACUAUUGAUAUUUUCAACUCGUCAUCUGAAAAAUUGUUUGGAUAUCGUGGCGAUCAGAUUAUUGGUUUUCACUUGUCGAAAUUAUUUGACAAAGAAUCUGCAUCAAAACUUGAACCGAUAUUAGCAAAGAUGGCAUUCAGCGCGGUGAAUUACGCAGAAACGAUUGAAAUCACUGGUCAAAAGAAGAAUCAAAGUAAAUUUCCUCUCGAGCUCAGAAUUUCGGUUGGAGUUUUAGAUGGAAGAAAUAUUAUUGCUUGUUUUAUGCGAGAUAUUACUGAAUAUAAGAAACAAACAAAGGAGCUGGCAGAAGAAAAAAAGAAAAGUGAAUCCCUAUUAUUGAACAUUAUGCCUGAGAGUAUAGCUCAACGCUUAAUUGCGGGAGAAACUUUUAUCGCAGACAAAUACGAAAAUGUGACCUGUUUUUUCAGCGAUUUAUAUGGAUUGUUGGAUUUAAAUCUUUCUGCAUAUGAAUUAGUUCAAACUCUAAACUUAAUUAUUCACAAAUUUGAUGAUUUGACUUUAGCUUCAAAUGUGGAGAAAAUCAAAACCAUUGGCUCCAAAUAUUUCUGCUGUGGAGGGUUGAAACCAGAUUCUGAGACAGAAUUAUCUCACUUGGAACGAAUGUUUGAUUUUGCGAUUCAAUUAUUUGAUAUUGUUGAUUCAUUUCGUGACGAGAACGGCCUUAAUAUUGGAUUGAAGGUUGGUAUGCAUGUUGGUCCAGUAGUGGCAGGCAUUUGUGGUCUGCUGAAAUAUGCAUUUGAUAUUUGGGGUGAUACUGUGAACAUUGCGUCAAGAAUGGAGAGCACAUGUCCAACAGGUCACAUUCAAAUUACAUCCACAUGUUAUCACAAAUUGAAAGACUUUUAUAAAUUCCAAGAAAAAAGUGUUGAAGUCAAAGGAAAAGGUCUAAUGCAGACCUAUCUUUUCAAACCAGCAAGAAACAGUGCUUCUCCAACCGUUCUCACUCAUGAUCAUCAUACCGACCUCUAUAGCUCUCGAGACAGUGUUGGUUCCAAACACAGCUUGAAAGCGUUGUUAACAUCCUCCUUUUCUUCAAGGAAUGCCAUUCAAGACAUUCUCGCUGCUGGCAAUAAUGGUAGCAGCAACAUUCAGGAAACGGUUCAUCAAGAGUAA